AGAAGACUCACAAAGAGCUCUCUACAGUGCGGUCAGAUCCAUACUGACGAUUCCAUCUGUUCCUGGAAAGGGAAGAAAGACCAGAGCGGAGCCACCAGGACAGGUUAUUAAUCAUGGCGACUACACUGUACUUAAUCGGUGGACAGGGAGGCAGGUCAUUUAGUUUCACUGGCCGUGACAAUGGUGCCACCCUCAGGAAGAUUGGAGUGGAGGUGGGCGGCUCGGAGAUCAGAGCUGUGCGGGCAGAACUGACCGACGGGCGUACGAAGACCUUUGGAGCGGGUCACACUUUCCGUGAGUUUACGUUUGAACUUGGCGAACGCAUCACCAUGCUGUCCCUGUGGGGGAACGAUGCCGGAACACGUCUGGGUGGCAUCAAGUUCAGGACGAGUUCUGGAAACAAGUUCGAGGCCCACAUGAGUGACUGGGAACCGAAGACCGGCGAGUACUCCGUCGAUGUGGGGUCUGGAGUCUGCCUGGGGUUGGAGGGGAGAUCUGGUGGUGCCAUCGACAAUAUGGGAUUCGUCUUCAUCAAUGCCAUCAAGUCGUCUGAGCUAACCGACAUGACCUAUCCCAGCCUGGCCAUGGAUACACCCCAGGUAAACAAAGAAUACGUAAAAUCUAUCUCUUAUCACAAUGGCAGUACUGCGGAUCAAGGGCAUACAUGUGCGUACAGCAGACCUGUGACCAAGUCUAACAGCUGGAGCACCACCACUAAGAUUGAGUCCACCGUCAGCCUGACUGUUACAGCAGGGAUCCCGGACCUGGUGGAGGUGUCUGGUGGGUUUAGCUUGACCGUGGGAGCGGAGCAGACCUCCUCAGUGUCCAAAGAAGAGACCAUAAACGAAUCAGGUGGGGUCACUGUGACGGUCCCGGCAGGAAAGACCUUGAAAGUUGAGGUGUCAGUGGAACGAGCCGACAUCGACCUCCCCUUCUCGGCCACAGUGAAGAUCAGAUGCCUGAAUGGCAGCGAGCUGCAGUUCCAAACCACCGGCCGCUACAAUGGUGUGGCUUACACUGCAGUGGAUGUAAAAACCACUGAGUCUGAUUUUGUGAACGAUGGAGAAUAAGAUGCAUCAACAUCUUACUGUGCACAGUUUUAAUAUUGAUUGCAUAACAUUGGUUUGAUUGCUAAUGUAGAGUGACUGUCACAGAUAAAUAAAUCAUAAUCAUAAACCUGCUUGUGUUUCCAUGUUCAUCCUUAGAGCUUGUAAAACAAAAUAUGAAAAUGAGUCUGUCUAGCUGAUCCCAUUAUUUAACGUUUCAGUUUAGUAAGUGAUAAUUUCAGUUCAAAUAUUCUAUAUGCUGUUAAUAAUUUAGUUUUCCAGUCCAACAGCCUGGAAAGAUAAUACGUUUCUGCACACUUCCAGUAAGAUGCUCUUUGCUUUAAAAGUUGAGGUUUAUGCUAAAUCGCUUCAGUAAAUGUGGGACAGGUAAUAAUCUAAAUAGUGCCAAAGAUAAUUCAUUACACAAUUGUUCCAAAGAUACAGUACAUUGCCAACAGAAAAACAGCAAUACAGCCGAAGGCACACCUUCAUAGGACAAAACAUGUUGGUUCCCUAACCUAGGGUGACCUCAGUCCCCAAUACACGGAAAGAGUUCACAGCAAGUGUUCAAGAGGAAGGUGAGA